AUAUUUUCAAUUUUCUUAUUCCAAUUUUACCAACCACUCAAUUUCAUCAUCUCUGCCAUCCCUCUCUCUCCCAUAUGCCUAUCUCUCCCUUUCUCUUUGCAACAAUCUGAAGAAGAAAAAGGAAGACCAGAAGAGAGGAGAAUCCAAGCUCCAACAGCAACUCAGCUCCCAUCAGAUUCUUCCAUCCGACGAGAUUUAGGCGGGGAGAUGGGGAACACUGCCACGACGAAGUUCCCAAUAAGGGAUCGAGAGUUGGGGUUCAACCGAUGAGGUCUUGCGUAGCGAUAGAGGCAGAGGGAGGUACGUCAGAUCUAACAGACGCGAUUCAGGCGGCAACGCCGCAUUAUUCUUGGUAAUUCCUCUCUUUCUCUCUGCAUACUCUCUUGCUCACCUCUCUCACUCUACUUCUUUGUUGUGCUUUUUAAAGUUUACAGUUGCAGGAGUUUACCUCCAUUCACCUUAUGCUAUUGUUUUGUUGUUUGUUAUUUUUUACAAUUCAUUCAUCGUCUAACCUACUUAUCUAGCCAACCGAAGAGCGGGAAAGGAAGUUCGAGUUUCUUUUCUUCUCCGGACCGACGGAGAGGAACAAGGUCGGCCCCACGCCUUUUUCUCCAACAGAGAUAGGAGCAUUCGAGAUAGAGGAACGACAAGAGGUUCAACGGGUCCAUGAUUAGUUUCUAGGAAGUGGAAUGACUGUGCAGGGAACGAUUGAGGAAGUUCGACAAGCAAAUUAUGGGUUUUUCCUGGCCGGGGAAUGGUGCAUGGGACUUUGCCAGGGGAAUGACAGAUGGGACAAAAGUAAGGCCGACGAGAAGAUUCUGGCUUCAUUUUUGGGUAGGGGAAUGGUUCAAGGGAGUUUGUCAGUGGAACGACGGAUGGUCUCUUUUGGCCAGGGUAACGGUGGAGGCGAGCCUUGUUGUAGCAUAUGGGAUCUACAAUUCAUUCAGGUUGAAACCGGAAGGUAAGUGAUCGUAUUCAUUUGAUAUUUUCAGUUUGUGCUCUCUUGCUUAGGGGAGUUUGUUUCCAGUAGGAAAUGCAUCCUAUGCGUUUGGUAUUGCAGAUUCCAUGCAUCGGAUUUCAUAGUCGAAUGCCUGCUGAAAUUUCAUUCUUAACCAUCAUUCUCCAAGUUUUGUGUGUUUGGGUUUGUUUUCCAUCUAUUUCCGUCAAUGAAGCCUUAUUUGUCUAUAUAUUGAGUUUAAUUAUAGUUGGUGGUUGGGCUAUCUCUAGUUGUUUAGGCGCACUUGGCAUUGAUGAACAAAUUCAUGUGGUUUUUGUUCAUCAUACCACAAGUGAUGAUUUACAUUCUUUUCACAUGAAUCGCCUACUCGGAAUGACGAUUAUGAGGCGGGUGCAUUGAAUGCAACAAAAAAAGUGGGUGCACCGAAUACGCCACCAUAAUCAUAUAUAUAUGGGGAGUUCUACGGUACACGGUGAAAUUCGGGGUACCGCAUACCUUGAGUAAGAAAAUGCUAUUCAAAACUUGAAUUGACUGAUCUUUCGGACAUGAUACUAUACUCCAACCCUUAAAGAUCAAAAUCUAAGUCUUAAUUCUUUAAAUCUUAUACCCCAAGAUCAAUUUAAUUAGAAACAAUAAUCGACGGUUAUGAUUCGUCUAAAUAUAGGCAAAAAAAUCAUGCACCAUUUUAGGGUUUAUAGUUUAUGAUUUAGAUAAUUAGGACCUAGGGUUCACUCAUUAAGGGUUAGGGUAUAGUAUCGUGCCCAAAAAUCCUGCUAAUUCGAGGUAUGGAUAGUGUUUUCAUACUCAAGGUAUGCGGUACCCCAGAUUUCACACGAGGUACCGUAGAAGGCACCAUAUAUAUAUAUAUAUAUGGUGACUACUUCGGUGCACUCACAAAAAUGAGUGCGUUCAAUGCACCCAACUCAAAAACUAGUCUUAAGGUGUUGAAUUUUGAAUUUUAAGAUGUAGAAUUAGUGUAAUAUGAUGAUAUAACAUAUGAUAACAACUAAUUAGUGGAUAACCUUAAGCCCUAGACCUCCAAUUUUGAGUUCGAUCCGUAAACCCCAAAUUAUAAACCCUAACCCUAAUCCUAAAUCUCUAAACUCUAAUCCUUCACAUUAAAGUAAAUCUUUAAUGGUUUUUUGUGCAAAUUCAUGUGCGUUAUUGUUCAUCACAUCAUAAGUGAUGUUUGACAUCAUUUUGACAUAAAUCGCAUGUUUAAAAUGACGGUUUGGGGUAUGAUACUAAACCCUAACCUCAAAUGGAUAAACCCCAUGCCCCGGUUUUCUAAUCCCAAACCCAAAGUUCAAUUUAAAAGAAAAGAAGAGUUGACCGUUGAAAUUGGCCGGAGCUAAUCCAUUUAAAUCUAACGGGACAGAUCAUCUGGAGCAUACCAGUCGUCUCCAUAAUAUAUAUUAUGGUACAAUAAUUAUUCAUGGCAAUCAGUUGAGUUCGUGUUGGAUAAAUUGGUAAUGGGCUAAUCGAGCUAAAUGUCAAUGGAGUUGCAAACAAUCAGUCUUUGAAUCUAGCAGCAGGUUAUAGUCCAAUGACUUCAAACCCAAAUUGUGAACGGAUUGCAAAUCAAGUUGACUGAACUAGUUACUCGAAUCUGAUUCUAUUUUGACACGUUUGGUUGUAAAGAGUAGCUGAUGUUAGAUAUGAUGCAGUCUUGAUGGGAAGUUGUAGUUGGUUUGCGAUUGUAUUGAUAAAUAAAAAAGCUCGCUUAUGUGUAAACAAAUAAAUAAAAAAGGUAAUGUAUAUUUUUUAUCCAAACCUUUUUUAUAUUCUUUUUUAUUAUCCGAACCUAUUAAAAUGAUAUUAAUUAG